AUGAAACACGUUCGCGAGUGUUGGGUAGAAGCAAGAGUAUUUUGUGUGCAAACUUCGGCUUUAAUACCCAUUGGCGAUAUAUUUCUUUAUGGUAACACUGCGGCUUUAGCUUGGAAUCUACCAACAGAAGCCAAAGAUUUACUUAUGUUUAAAGAAGACAAGAAUACCGCUCGAAGGCGAAGAGAUGAGGAGACGUAUUUUACCAACGUUUCAGGAAAAAGAUCAGCCAUCGUCAACCCGGCGUUAGCAAAACGUAGUGUUGAUGAAAAUAUGACUUUCAAAGAGAAGCUGAAAAUUAAAAUAGAUCGCGCAAAAAUGCACGAGAGAAAGUUAAAGCGAGAUUUUCUCAAUAAACAACAUUUAGACCAUGACAGUGUGGAGUUCCACAGGAGCACUAGAGUUGGAUUAUAUGAAAAAUUAAUUCCACUUAUAACAGCUCUCGGAGGCGACGGUCGACAGUGUGUACUUUAUAAACUAUGCGAAUCUGCAAGAUUUUCAAGACAAGGCACAUUCUUAGAAGAGUUUCUUAGAGUCGUUUUUACAUUACCAAAAGGUAGAGAGUUCCAAGACAACGCAUAUAGAGAAUACGACAGCGCGCAUACCGAGACGGACGACUGUACCACUCUAUAUCCUGGAUGCGACUUUUAUUUACCGAUGCAAAAAUUAAAUAAAUACAAAAAA